AUGGCGGACGAGGUGGACCAGCAACCAACCUUGGAUCUCAUCAGACUCAGUCUUGAUGAACGAAUUUAUGUAAAAAUGAGAAAUGACCGAGAACUUCGAGGCAGAUUACAUGCUUAUGACCAGCACUUAAAUAUGAUUUUGGGUGAUGUUGAGGAUACUGUGACAACAAUAGAAAUUGAUGAAGAAACCUAUGAAGAGAUUUAUAAAUGUACUGCUUUUUUUCAUCCAUAGUCUACCAAAAGGAAUAUUCCGAUGCUGUUUGUCCGAGGAGAUGGAGUUGUACUUGGUGCUCCUCCACUGAGGGUUGGCUGAAACCAUGAAAAAAAUGGUCAUCAUUUCGAAAACGUUGGACCUCUGGACACUGUCUUCUGAUGCCCUUAAACAUUAAGAUUCUGCCCUUAAUUCUGAAAGACCAUCCACACCUGAUUGUUGUGAAAGCAUAAGAUCAUUUGGCAU